AUCUUCUGAAUCAUGUCGGAAACAUCAACUCCAGAUGACGUCAUCAAAAGAUGUCUUCUAUGUCACGAAGAUCUGUACGAGCCACAGAUUUUGCCAUGUCUCCACAUCCUGUGUAUAAACUGUGUCCAGCGGCAGAACUCGCGAUCCAAAGCAAAAUUCGCCUGCCCACUGUGCAAUUUUUCUACACCAAGCGACAAAGCUACACAACCAUACAGAUGCUGCAAUUUCGCAAAGCUGCAUCUUAAGCAGAACAAGGAGAGGGAACAAGAAAACAAUGGACGCCAUCUUGUUUGGGAUAAUGGUUCAGAAGAGGAUGGUAGCCCAGAUGAAUCAGAAGCAGCAGAACAAAAUGGCGAUGAGGAUGACGACGAUGAAGAUCAAGAUGACCAGGAUAUCGUCUGUCCAUCUGAGGACGCAUGCGCUAUGAAUACCAACGGAGAUGAAGAAUCCAAACGCAAAAAUAGCAUCGAAUUUCGUUUGCCAUGCGCCUUCCACCAGCAGUACGAGGCCAACAUGUUCUGUAAAAGCUGUCACAGCCCAGUGUGCGACAAGUGUUUGAAGACCUUGCAUAAACGAUGCAAAGGUCACAGUUCGUUGGAAGACGCCGUGGAAGCGAAGAGAACCAACCUGGACCAGAUUCACGAGCGUAUGACGGUUUUGUCACUCAGUCUUCAGAACCAGUUGAGAACAAAACAACAACAGAUGGUGGAUAUACAGCAGGAGAAAGAGGAAGUCGAAAGAGAAAUCGCAUCCUUCAGACAGGAAGUUAUGACGGCAGUGCAUGCGCAGGAGCGGAUGCUGCUAGACGAACUCAACGAUUUGUAUAACAUAGAGCUGGUAAAGUUGAACGAGCAGCAAGCACACGAUACGCACGGGUUGUCCUGUCUCUGUCAGUCAAUAGACGUGUUUGAGAGCGCACUGAGUAUGGGGGCCGAGGGAGAAAUCCUGGAAGAUCUGCCUCUCAUUGAGAAACGAGUUAAUCUCUACGAGAAAGAUCUCACUGACACCGCCAGCUGUUCUAACAAACUACACAUCACAUUCGACCCAAACAGGAAAAUAUUGGAUUCAUUUACAUCUCUAGGGAAGGUCAACCUAUUCUAUGGAGAAAACGGUAAUGCUGCUAACGUUGAAGGUACAGCCGUGAGCGAUGGUGACGUAUGGAACAGCACGUUCCGGCUGAUGAUGUCAUACCACGGCAGCACACGUGACGACACGACGCACCCUCUUCUUACCGACGCUGUUAUCUUAGCCAACGAUGACGUCAUACUUACGGAUCGAGACAACAAGUCGCUGAAAAAGUUCAACAGCGAUGGCAAACUCCUAACUCGGGUCGACAUUCCGGAAGUGCCUUCCCGGCUUGCAAUCGUCUCUGGAAGCAAAAUCGUCGUGUCCGUCAUGAACAAGCGCGAGUUGCUGUUCCUCUCACUUCACGGAACUCUCCGAGUACUGUCGAAGUCCAGAACGGCCAAACAAUAUUCCUUCGUCUCCGGCACCGGGGACGGGCUCUUGGUUGUCAGCACAAGCAACUGCGACAGUAUAGACAUCAUCUCGCAGAAAGGGAAGUUCCUGCGAACUCUCUACACCCAGAAGUCAGAAAAGGCGGUGCUGUCGAGACCGAUAUACCUACAUUCGACAACACGCGGGACAAUAUUAAUCUCAGACAGCAGUCGUAAAUGCCUCUUGGCAGUGACGUCAGAGGGCGACAAACUGUUCACGUACAGAUCUAACGAUGCUCAUCCAAUGGAGUGUCCCCUCGGUGUGACAUGUGAUCCAAGUGGCCACAUUCUAUUGGCUGAUAGAGACACUAACAAAAUACAUCUGUUGUCGCCAUCUGGAAACUUCCUGAAAAUUGUCUCCAGUGAAGAACUGUCGGUCGAAAAACCGUGUGCGUUAAAUUUCUACAAAGGGGAACGACUCGUGAUAACACAGGUCGAUGGAACGAUCAAGGUUUUCUCGUGUAUCAAGCAUGGAUAAUGUAAAACAUUUAACAAUGCCAACCAACAAUCAUGAAAAAAAAUGCAUUGAUGAAAAUAUAUUGCUAGAAAUGCAACCAUAUUAUUAACCAGAAGUCAUACGCCUUUGAAAAAAGGAAGGGAUAAUACAGAAGAGAAAUUCAUUUAUAAUGUCAAUUAGAAAUUAUUAAAACUAAUCAAACAUGAA